UGGGAUCUCAUCGAUCGCGUGGCUUCCUUUCGUUUUUGUCAUUCACAUAAUUUCGUGAACUAAGCAGCGAUCUGUGACACUCUCUUCUCCCCAGAUUCAUACACAACUUUCUCUCAAUUUCCCACUUUCCCUUUGGAUCUCAACGCUGAAAGCAAAACCAUGUUUCUCUUUGACUGGUUCUACGGCAUUCUAGCUUCCCUCGGUCUUUGGCAGAAAGAAGCUAAGAUUCUUUUCCUCGGUCUCGAUAAUGCCGGAAAAACCACCCUCCUUCACAUGCUCAAAGAUGAGAGAUUAGUUCAACAUCAACCAACCCAACACCCCACUUCGGAGGAAUUGAGCAUUGGGAAGAUCAAGUUCAAAGCUUUCGAUUUGGGCGGUCACCAAGUUGCCCGCAGAGUCUGGAAAGAUUAUUACGCCAAGGUUGAUGCUGUAGUUUACCUAGUUGAUGCCUAUGACAAGGAGAGGUUUGCUGAAUCAAAGAAGGAACUGGAUGCAUUGCUUUCAGAUGAAGCCUUAGCAAAUGUUCCAUUUCUUGUGCUAGGCAACAAGAUUGACAUUCCAUAUGCUGCUUCGGAAGAAGAGCUACGAUAUCAUCUAGGCCUGACCAAUUUCACCACGGGGAAGGGAAAGGUCAAUCUUACAGAGUCCAAUGUUCGGCCUCUUGAAGUGUUCAUGUGCAGCAUUGUCCGCAAGAUGGGGUACGGCGAUGGUUUCAAAUGGGUCUCUCAAUAUAUAAAGUAGAGCCUGUGCAUCAUUUUUCUUCCCCUUUCCCAGGUUAACAAACAAGCACUCACUGUCUGCAGUUACAUCAGAAGAGGCUUUAUCUUUGUUUGGUUUUGGUGAUUUGGAUUUAAUUGGAUUAUUUGAUACAACUGCAGUACUAUUAUGGAUUACAAUUUGUAUCCUUAGGGAUUCUUUUGUGGGCUGGGGCAUAUUCAUUCUCCUUUGAAACAUUGGAUUCUGUUGUAAGGUGGUAUGACCGAGGAGAAACAGAGAAGUCACCAAUAAAUUUAGAAAGAAAAAAAAAAUUAUAUUCCA